GGACAAAAUCAAAGAGAUGCAGGGCUUCUUUGGUCUGGAGCAGACUGGUACUCUAGACCCCCAGACCCUGGCUGUGAUGAGAAGGGACAGGUGUGGAGUUCCAGAUGUAGAGAACUUCAGUGUUUAUCCUAAAAGAACCAAGUGGAGGAACAAAACAAUCACAUACAGGAUUGAGAAGUACACCCCUGAUCUUACAAGAGAGGAAGUUGAUAGAUCCUUCCACUUGGCACUAAAACUCUGGAGUGAUGCUGCCCCGCUGAACUUUGUCAAAGUGAACAAUGGAAAAGAAAACAUUGCACUCACCUUCGCAUCAAGAACUCAUGGAGAUUUUUUCCCUUUUGAUGGCCCCAAGGGGGUGCUAGCCCAUGCCUUUGAGCCAGGGCAAGGUAUGGGGGGAGAUGUGCACUUUGACGAAGAUGAAACUUGGACAACGGGCCAAGAAAAUCCGGGUUAUAACCUAUUCACUGUUGCUGCCCACGAGUUAGGCCAUUCCCUGGGACUCUCCCAUUCUAAAAACCCCUCAGCACUUAUGUACCCAAACUACAAGUAUUACGACAGUGCAAAGUACACACUGCCAAGAGAUGACGUGAUGGGUAUCCAGGCAUUGUAUGGCAAGCCUAUCAUAAAACAGGAAACAGUUACCAUCCCUAGAAAGUGUGACCCCAACUUCUCAGUUGAUGCUGUGGCGGUGAUCGGGAAUGAGAUUGUAUUCUUCAAAGACAGAUAUAUGUGGAUGAGGACAACAUGGUCAACGUACUGGAACCAGCUGAGGGAAGGGUUUAGUAGCACAUACCUUCCUGGCAUCAACUCUGCUAUAAAUGCGGCCUAUGACAUCCCAGCCAAGGGAGUGGCGUACAUCUUCACUGGUCCCAAGUACUGGGUGGUUCAACAGCUAAAGAUGAAAAGUCAUUUUGGCUCAAUCUAUGAGUAUGGAUUUCCAUCCACAGUGAGGCACAUCGAUGCUGCUGUUCAUGUCAGUGGCUAUUGGAAGACAUUCUUCUUUGUUGGACAGGUUUAUUAUAGGUAUGAUGAAAACAAAAGGAAGAUGGACCCAGGGUUUCCAAAAAGUUUCCCUUUGGACUUGCUUGGCAUUGUGAGGAAGGUUGAUGCAGCGUUUGAAUUAGAAGCUCCUACCACAACCCCAAAUGUGACAGAGGAGACACUUGCUGAGGAAUAUCUAUCCAAGUAUUACACUGAUGUUGGGGUCUAUAAUUCGACCACUCGGAAUGUAGCCCAGACCUCGUUCAACCAGACCUUGGAGGUCAUGCAGGCAUUCUUUGGUCUGGAAGUGACAGGCAGACUGGAUCAGAAAACCCUCAAGUUGAUGAAGGAGCCAAGGUGUGGUGUGUCAGACAUCAGCAGAUAUGGACACUUCCCUGGGAGACCCAAAUGGGAGAAGAGAACUAUUACAUACAGAAUCACUGAAUACACACCAGACUUGAGCCGGAAUCAAGUUGACUCAACUAUAGCUCAGGCCUUCAAGCUGUAUAGUGACGUAAUUCCACUGGAUUUUAAACAGAUUGAAUCUGGCACCGCCGACAUCAUGAUACUCUUCAAAGGCGGAUAUCAUGGGGACUUUUAUCCUUUUGAUGGACCCAGUGGAGUUUUGGCCCAUGCCAACUCACCUGGACAGGGCCAAGGUGGAGACACACAUUUUGACGAUGAUGAAUAUUGGACUCUGACUCAGAAUGGGGUGAAUCUGUUGCUGGUUGCAGUCCAUGAGUUUGGCCAUGCCCUGGGACUGGAUCACUCCAGAGACAGGAAGGCUUUAAUGUUCCCCACCUAUCAGUACGUCAACACGAACAGAUACAAGCUUCCCGAUGAUGAUAAGCGUGGGGUGCAGGCCCUCUAUGGAACCCGUACACCCGAUCCCAAGCCAGAACCCAAACCAGAGCCUCCGGUUCCUGAACCAGAAGAGCCAAGUGAACCAGACCCCAAUCCUGGCCCCGGGCCCAACCCAAAAGACCAACAGUGUGACCGGGAUCUUGUGUUUGAUGCAGCCACUUCCAUGUGGGGAGACCUGUACUUUUUCAAAAAUGGGUACUACUGGAGGAAGAGUACACAAAUCAGUGGAAUUGCUCUCACUAAAGUGACCACCAAAUGGUCACAAAUUAACUAUGUUGAUGCUGCCUAUGAGGUCCAACAUCGGAAUGUGGUAUACCUUUUUGAAGGUAAUAAGUACUGGGGUAUAGAGGCCUAUGCAAAGACAAUGAUCCCGGGCUAUCCAAAACCCAUUUCCACACUUGGAUUCCCAUCAUCUGUCAAUAAGAUAGAUUCAUCAGUGUAUGUUCACUCAACACAAAAGACCCUCUUCUUUGUGAACAACCAAUACUGGAGCUACAAUGAGGCCAGACGUGAAAUGGAUUCUGGAUACCCUAGAUUAAUAACUCAGGAUUUCCCAGGCAUUGGCUCAAAAGUGGAUGCUGCCUUUGAGAACUAUGGUAAGAGAAUGAAAACCACGGACACCCCUCUCUCCCCUAUGGACCCUCUGAACACACUUUCAAACUUUGAAUCAGAGAUGGAGCCGGAUGGACAGGGAAACUACUCACUCUUCCCUGCCUUGGACAGCAUGGCUAGUCUGUCAGGAACCUCAGAAACUCUGGAAACUGAUGCAACCACCGAUGUUGCAGACAAACCCAACCUCACGUGGUUGGAUGCAGCACAGAUUGUCUUGGAGGAAGCUGGGCGUCCCAUGCACAUUAAAGAGAUCAAACAGAGGAUUAUCGAUAGGGGAUUAGUUCAAUCCAAUGCCAAAUCAAGCCUUGAAGCUGUUAUGUAUCGAGAGACGGAUGACGAGAGGCAACAGGCUUUACAGGCCUUCAGCACCCAGUCCUUCCUGGGCUCUCCUCCCCAGACGGCCUUCUCCAGCUCAGGUUCUGCAGCCUCCUUGCCCCCUUUCCCUUCACCUACAGGCUCCUCUGAGCCCAGGUCCAGAGCCAAGAAAGGCCCACGGAAGAACCAGAACGAGAAGUACCGACAAAAGUACCUCAGACUUCGCAAAGCUGCACGGGCCAUGAUAUUUGAGAAUGCAGCACUCUGCGACGAGGUCGCCCACCUGGAGGAGAAGUUUGUUCGGGCAAAAGAGGAACGCAGGUUCUUACUGAAAACAUUGUUGCAGUACCAGUCUCUGUCUGAUGGGGAUAUCCAGACUGCCCCCAGUACCAGCUCUCACACCCUGGCUAGCUUCAGCGGUGGGCCCCCUGGGGGCUCCGUCCUGCCUGGAGGGCACCCCAGCACGUCAGGGGGAGACGAUGGCCUCCCAAAAAAGCCCAAGAAGGAGAGAAAAGAACGAGGGAGGGAGAAUGGAAAAGAUGAAGUUUCUAAAAAGAUGGGUAAGAAGCGCAAGCUUGGCGACGGGGGUUCCCGUAAGCUGGUCCAGCCCAUUCCUCUGGACUCAUCUGGGCGUCCUGUCUUCCCUAUCGUGCUGGGGGGUCUGACCGUGUACAGCCUGGGGGAGAUCAUUCCAGAUCGGAUGUUGUUCCAUGACCAGUGUGCCAUCUACCCAGUGGGCUUCUGCAGUACCCGUGUGUUUGCCAGUAUGAAGAACCCUGAUCAGCAGUGCCUCUUCACCUGUCAAAUCAAAGAUGGGGGUGCAGGACCACAGUUUGAGAUUGUGCCUGAAGAUGACCCUCAGAAUGCCAUAGUUGCCUCUUCUGCCCUGACCUGCCACUCAAACCUUCUGAAGGCCAUUGGAGUGAUGAGGUCAAAGUCUGUCAACCCCAUUAUGCCGUCAGGGGCAGAUUUCUUCGGCUUUUCCCAUCCCACAAUCCAGAAUCUGAUCCAGAGCUGUCCUGGAGCACGCAAGUGUGUCAAUUACCAAUGGAUACGCUUCGAGGUGUGUCGCCCCGGUGACGGGCAGGUUCCACACAGCCUAUCAGAAGAUGACGCCUCAGUCAAUUUUGAGGCGUACCAGAGGCACCAGGCCAUCGAUGAAAGUGUGAAGACAGACAACAGCAUGGCAGGUUCAACUCCAAAAUCUCCCAGUUCCUCUCGUCAGCAUCUCCUGAGCUCACCAUCUACCUCUUACUUCAGUUCCUAAGAAGCCCUCCAAAAACACCACAAGCUUUGAAGAACCGUCAAAUAGAGAGACUAUACAGACCUUGUUUCAAAGGAAGAGUUACUGGACUACUUUUGCGGAACUGAAACUAAUAUUCAUUAUAACCUACAUGACACCAAGGAGGACAGAAUUAAGUUUCCUUGUAGGACAUGUCCAGCAAAUGAAAAAGUUGUUUUCCAAUUGUAGCACCCUCUGCUGGGGUUUUUGAUGUACAAGUAAAGUUGUAAAUGUGUAAAAGUAAAGUUGGCACUUGAGAGUUGAUUUAUUGAACAACCUUAGAGCUCCUGGUCUGUUUUAACAUUUAAAUAAAAAUAAUCUUAUGUUACAUUUUCCUGAUAAUCACAAUAAUAUCGAUUUAUGGGUUUGAUUUAGGGAUGCUCAUAGUUAACCGUUAACUGACAAUACAAAUGUUUCCUGAUUUAAUACUAUUGGUUAAACAGUGUUGCCAAUUUACCGACAAUUUUGCUAGAUCUAGCAAUUUUUCACCUUCCCUAGUUGAAUCAAUACAAUGGCAAUCUGUUAGAAAUCAGUUUUUGUUCUGUUGUUUUCUGCAACUAUAGUUGAGCUACUAUUUACUUAAUAAACCCAGGGGAUUUUUGUUG